AAGCGUGCCGUCUGACCACUAGUAGUGGUUAAUAAAACUGUUAUUUGCUUUGUUAGUUAGUUUUAGAUUAUUUCCCGGACCAACUUCUUCCUCUUCUCUCUUCGUGGCUGGUUUCUUUACAUUGCGUUCUCCUGAUUUGGCGACUGUGUAAUUCCGAUAAAGUUUGCAGCCCUUGGUUGAAUCACAAUGGCAGUAUCUGCAAUUGGAUUUGAGGGUUAUGAAAAAAGGCUUGAAAUUUCCUUUUUUGAGCCUGGCAUCUUUGCUGAUCCUGAAGGAAAGGGUCUUCGGGCACUUACCAAAGCCCAGUUGGAUGAGAUUCUAGGUCCAGCUGAAUGCACCAUUGUUUCUUCAUUAUCUAACAAGCAAGUGGACUCCUAUGUCCUUUCUGAGUCUAGCCUCUUUGUCUAUCCAUACAAGAUUAUAAUCAAAACCUGUGGGACAACUAAGUUGCUUCUUGCUAUCCCACCCAUCUUGAAAUUGGCUGGCAGUCUAUCCCUUGCUGUAAAAUCUGUUAGGUAUACUCGUGGGAGUUUUAUAUUCCCUGGUGCUCAGCCAUUUCCUCACCGAAACUUCUCUGAAGAGGUUGCUGUUCUUGAUAACUAUUUCGGGAAGCUUGGCGCUGGUAGCAAGGCUUGUGUAAUGGGUGGGCUGGAUAAACAGAAAUGGCAUGUGUACUCUGCAUCUGCAGAACCUGUGACCGCCACUGGCCCGGUUUACACUCUAGAAAUGUGCUUGACUGGUUUGGACAGGGAUAAGGCGUCGGUUUUCUACAAAGACCAAUCAGGCUCGGCAGCUGUGAUGACCAUUAAUUCUGGCAUAAGGAAGAUCCUUCCAGAGUCUGAGAUAUGUGAUUUUGAGUUUGAACCCUGUGGUUACUCGAUGAAUGCGAUUGAAGGUGAUGCAAUUUCUACUAUUCAUGUUACCCCAGAAGAUGGAUUUAGCUAUGCAAGCUUUGAAGCUGUGGGAUAUAAUCUGAAAGAUAAGAAUCUGAAGCAGUUGGUCGGGAGGGUGUUGCAAUGCUUCAAACCGAGUGACUUUUCUGUAGCAGUUCACGUUGAUGUUGGUGGUGGUCAGUCACUUGAGCAGAGCUGCCUGCUGGACGUAAAAGAAUACUGUUGCGGAGAGAUGGGCAUUGAAGGGCUUGCAAGUGGAGGUUCCAUGAUGUACCAGAAAUUUAAGAGCACUGGUGGCUGUGGAUCACCAAGAUCAACUCUGAAAUGCUGCUGGAAAGAGGAAGAAGAGGAAGAAGAGUAGUUGAAAAUCUCUUUUAUGGUUUUAUGUUUUUGUUUUCUAUUAUAAAUAAAUUGCUCCUGGUUAGGAUGCAUGGCGUUUGUGUAUUUUAUCUUAUUUCGUGUCGUUAUGACUUGGUAUGAAAUAGUUUUAUAACUUUUGUUUUUCCAUAUGAAA